AUGGACGCCUUCCAGAACUUUUUCAUCCAGAUGGGCAUUCUGCCCUCCGAGAAAGACUCCCAGGAAGCGACCUUUUUCAAGAAAUACCCCGAAGUGACCUUUGAUAAACAGGCGAAAGUGGCUCCAGCCGUGGCGGCCGAUUUGUUUGAAGAUCUGGAGAUUGCGCCCUCCGGUCUGCUUUACGACGGGCCAGUGAAGCCGUCGCUUUUUUCAAGAACUUCCUCUUCACUCUCAUCUUCAACUACAUCUCCGGACGGCGCAGGAGUCCUCAGAAGUGGCGCAGCUGCUGCUAAUCCAAUAGCUACGUCGUCCAGCACUUCCGAGACAAUCACCAGCGCCGCUGGUGUGUCGUCACCUAGUGGAAGUUCUAGCGAUCCUACUGCGACUACUUCUCGAGAAGCUGCCAUCGCCGCUGCCUCUACGUCGUACUUCCUCUCCUUCUCUCCAGCUGCGUUUCUCACAAAUCUGUUCAAAUCAACGCUAACAGUUUUGGGUUCCACCGUGGUUCUCGGGCUACUUCACUUCUAUCUAGAUGACAUCUACAAGCGGAAAUACCGGUUUUCGCUCUUCGAAAGUGAAAUUCUAGCCUACUUCGCGAAGAAGAACAUCCUGAUCACCGGGGCGACAAGCGGGAUCGGAGAAUGCUUGGCGUACCGGCUGGCGAGUCUGGAAAAUCCGCCGGCGGUCUUGUAUUUGCACGGGAGGAGACGGGAGCAGCUGGAGAAGGUUUGUAUAUUGUUUUCUUUUUUCUUCUUGCAUCAAAAAAUACACAUACACACAUUUCUGAUGCUCAUUUGGCCCGGUCGCUACUACAACAUCAUACAUCCAAUUCCCAGGUCGCCAAGCAGUGCAUCCUGCUUCAAGACGAAACCGUCCGGAAACUAAACCCGAACAUCCUGGACCAAACCAGCCUGCAAAACCGCAUGAAAAUCGAGCCGAUUUUAUCGGAUUUGGGCGACCCCGACCAAACUUUUAACGCGUUUAAACGCGCCUUUAAAGAACCCAGCGCCCAGGAAACCGCGGACUUGGCGCAGCUGUUGACCGUCCCGCAACUCGCGAAUGACCCGAUUUUCCUCCAGCAGUACGCGGCGUGCAAUCCGAACGAACUGGACAUUGUCUUCAACAACGCUGGGGUGUCGCAACGGGACGAAUUUUCGAAUUUAGACGUCGUUCCAAUGAAGUUUAUUCUAAACAUAUCCAAGAAAAAAACUGUGUAAGUUGGGUAACUCUGUGUUGCAAACGCAUGUAAAACACUUAUCACCUGUCAUGCCGGACACAUGCAUGAGAGGCUUUUUUCCUACGUGUUUUCACGUACAAGCUACGCAUGACAGGUUUUUUGUGUCAUGUAGAGCUGCAAACUUGUGAUGCUAUUCCUCCAAGAAGGUUUACACUUACACAGUUUUUUUCUUGCACAAAACACCAACUGCUACUCCAACAUCUUGAUCACCAAAGCGGUGUUACCGCAGCUCCUCUUAUCCGGGCAGAAGUCGAAAAUGCAGUACGAGGCGUUAGCCGUGAUGAACCCGGGGGUCAAGCACGACCCGGUAGCGGUGGUGUUGCGGAGUUGCGUAAAAUUUUUCGUCAAAGUCGGGAAGAUGGUGGUGGAGAAAGUGGAGAAAGCGGUGGGAGAAAUAAGAGCCGGGGUUUGUGCAACUGAAGAAACCGAAACGUUGGUAUCAACUACAACGACUCCGCCACGCUCGACACCAACAUUGACCGCAUCCGCUUUCCCCCACGCCGCGCACAUCGUCCAGCUCUCCUCUUUCGUCGGCCGCGUUGCUUUUGGGUACCGCACGAUCUACGCAGCAAGCAAAUUUGCGACGAACGGCUUCUACACCAGUCUCCAGGCGGAGUUGUUUGAUAAGAACAUAAAAAUCCACACCGUUUUCCCCGGUUUCGUCCGAACGAACAUCGCGAAAAACGCGUUGGUCUCCAAUGGCGACUCCUUCGGAAAAUCGGACGCGAAGAUUGAAAGCGGGUUAGAUCCGAUGGAGGUGGUAAACCGGAUGCUGGCCGGGGUGUAUUUUAACGACAGCGAGAUUGAGGUUCUGAACGACUGGCACAUGCGGUUACAAGCUUUAUCCGCCCGGUGGUUUGGGUUUUUGCACCGCUGGUUAUGAAAUGCAAAAUCAUCGUACUAGUAGAAGUCGCAUGAGAAAUUCCCUCAGCAUGAAAAAUGAAAUUUGUAAUGCGGAUUCCGGUUAAGAAGGAGAUUGGUAAUGCAUGACUGCGAUUACAACUACGAGUACGAUACUUUUGCAGUGGAUACUUGUUCGCGCUAAGCAACUACCGGAAACAGGUGGAGAUGUGCAGUACUGCUAGUACUGGGUCAACAACAUCAUCUACUGCAGCAGGUGGUACCUUGAAUUUGAACAAUCCGGCAGGAGAUCAUAAUCACGCCCCCGAAAGCAACAAAGCGGACAACUCCUCUGUCGCUUCCUCCGCCCGAUCCAGUCCGAGUAAAACGAGAAGGAGAAAAUCCAUCGAAUCCACGAAAUUCCCACCCGCGAUACGCGUGGUUCCGUUGAACUCCCCAUCCGUGGACUCGCAUUCCAGUUUUCAGAACGCUAGCCAUUUUACCAACACAAAUAACCUUCACUACGGUGGUGGUGCGUCGAGCAAUUCGAAUUCGGUUGAAGUAUUAAAUGGAAAAAUCCCCCCACCCCAUAUCAAAACGGAAAUCUGUGAUGCAGAUUUGUGGUCACAAAUCAGCUUGGUGAUGCUAGAAGGCAAAAGAUGCGGACUGUAGUGCUGUCUAGCGUGGGAAAGCCUUGCAGUUCCAGAAUGACAGGAGGCAACUGGAAGUGGGAAACAGCAUGACAGAUUACCUGCAAUUUAGGCCGCAGCUUCGUCUCCUGGCCUUCUAGCAAUAGAAGUUGAUUUGUGUACUCAAAUACAGCAUCACAAAUUUGCGCAUCUUCCGUUUCCGAUAUGGGGUGGGGGCUUUUUUCACUUUGAUAUGAAGAGGUGAGUAACGAAAAUUUACCGAAGCGGGUGCAGAAACAACAGGUGGAGUAUUAUCCCACAAAAAAAGUGUUACAGUUACACAUUUGUAGUCAAUUCAGCAACACAAAUUUCUCUGGAUGGGAGAGAAAACUUGUAAUGCAGAAAUCCUAGCGGAAAACACCUAUGAAACGGAGCUCCCAUGCAUAUUCGGCAUGACAGAGUUUGUCUGUCUUGCUUGACCUGCAACACAAUGUGUAACUGUAACACUUUUUUCUUCCGAUAAGUACUACGACUUGAACAACAGUGGAAAUUUGAGCUAUUUGAGUACGGAAGAGGAAACAAAUACUACUUCUGCGUUGAACAACAUGAGCAGUACGAAGACAGCAGUAGAGAAGCAGCAGAAGUUUGUCCAGCAAAAGAACCAGACAGCUGCAGUUCACAGCCCGACCACGCCAUCAAACACCUCUCCUUCUGCUUCACCCCAUGCACCAAGCGGGAAGAGCAAGGGAGCAAAAGAGGGUCCAUCCGUUGAAACGCUGCACCUGCAUAUCGAGGGAAAGGUGCAGUUGACGAAGGAGUAUUUGGAAGGCGGCAAUAAAGCUGGGGAGCAGCAGACGCAGAGCAAGGUCGAAAUAGAUAAUUUCAGUAAAAACAGCAGUACCACCGGGAUCGACAGUGAGAAUUUGGAAGCGAAUCCGAUCGAAACUGACGCCGCGGCGGUGUCGUCGUCGCAUGAGGAGUGAAGAGUUGUGGGUAUGGGUUGCUAUUCAAAGCAUAAAAUUUUAUAAGUGAAAUUUUUGUCUCUGGCACAACUUCUACUGACUUUAUUGCCACAAGAACAAAAUCAGACUUGUUUAUACAAACGUACUAACUUGCAACUUUUCAAUUUUUAAUCCUGCCCUCAAUAGGCGAGAAAAGCGAAAAGUUCCAGUAACAGUAUCCGUGCCGCAGCUACCGCCACCAUGAAAAAAAAAAUUAAGUUAAGAUUAGCUUGUUCAACUUCAUUGAAAGAACACGAACAUAAAGACGAGAACACAGUAACCAAAUUUUCCAAGACCACCUCCUUCCACCAAAGUGGACUAGUACUGGAGGGUACUCACUGAAGACAGGCAUAAUUCGCACUGGAGGUGUGACCACCGGGACUGCGCAUGACCGGGAGAACGCAAACGAACAUUCUCAUUUUCGAC